ACUGUUGUGCAAGUGAGGAGAUGAAGUGAGCAGAGCAGUGACUGCGGUAUUCUUUUCAUUUGCCCGAGUUCUGCAUAUUGAGAAAUGCCAUAUAUUUUAAGAGAUUAUGUCGUGAAGAGACGUGUUUGUUUCAGUAAUAUCGUUAUUACUGACCAGCUCAGCGAUAACCAAGCCUGUGUGGAGCUAUGAGUAUUCUGCGCUUGUUCUCAGUCACUAUGGGAAGGAUCAGCACCUUCAGGUCCUAUCAGAUUGUGCUGCUGCUGGCUGCAGCCAUGGCUGUGAUGGCAUUCUACUACUUUGGCUCAGAAAAGCAGAACUUCUCCAGCACCACGAAGCGAAUAAAGCAGACCCAAGCAAGUCACAACUCUAACCGCAAUGAUGCUGACCUCUCUGUGGACACCAGGUCUGUACACCAUGAGGAAAAGACUGGGAUCAGGCAUGAACAAAAUGUGCUUGGGAAGGGGCCAGACGAGAAGCAGCGCUAUCACGCCCUCAUGAUGUUCACCAAGAUCGACAGGAGCACGAAUCUGCAGAGCAAGUUCGAGGUGGCCAUGCGCUCCAUGGCGAAACAUGGACACUUCUUGGAGGAUGAGGUGCUGGUUCUCCAUUACAUCUCUGAUGCAGCCAGCAAGGAGUUGGGCAUGAGGAUUCUGCCUGAGCUGCUCAUAGAAGCAACCUUUCAGUAUGAGGUGGUGUUUCAUGAUGUAGGUGAUUUGACAGAGAAGCUGUUCCCCAUUGUGGAGGCCAUGCAGAAGCACUUCAGUGCAGGCUCUGGGGCCUACUACAGUGAUGCCAUCUUCUUCCUUUCAGUGGCCAUGCAUCGUAUCAUGCCUGCAGAGAUGAAACGUAUUGUGCAGUUGGACCUGGAUCUCAAGUACAAGAGUAACAUUCGAGAUCUCUUUCAAGAGUUUAGACACUUCUCUCCUGAAGCAGUCAUUGGAAUUGUUCGGGAGAUGCAACCAGUUUACAGGCACACCUUCUGGCAGUACCGCAAAGAGAACCCCAAGUCCCGCGUGGGUGAGCCCCCUCCAAAUGGCCUGCCAGGCUUCAACAGUGGGGUGAUGCUGCUGAACCUGGAGGCCAUGAGGCACUCAGCCCUGUACAACAAGCUUCUGGAACCUGAACGAGUGGCCCAUUUGGCUGAACAGUACCACUUCAGGGGCCACCUCGGAGACCAGGACUUCUUUACCAUGAUAGGUAUGGAACAUACAGAGCUGUUCCACCAGCUGGCCUGUGGCUGGAACAGGCAGCUGUGCACCUGGUGGAGAGAUCAUGGCUAUGGUGAUGUCUUCCAGCUCUACUAUCAAUGUGAUGGACCAGUUUACAUUUACCAUGGAAACUGCAACACUGCUGUACCUGAUGACUGAGUGUCACAACAUGUUUAUAUACCUCAAAGUUCAUACCAUCUCUUGCUAAUGCAGCAUUGUGCAGUGGGCCUUGACCAGAUAGGUGGAUCCAGGAUUCAAUAGGGAUUUAAUGAGGAUCUCUACUAUGAGAAAACUUGGUAUACAUUGUUUAUUCACUUUGCAUCAGAUGCCAUCACAUGUUUAGCUCAAAUAUCAUAUUUUUUGGUGGCCACUACACCAUCAGUUUUUUUAGUAUUCCCUACAUGACAGCUUUUUCUACCUUUUGCGAUCAUCCAUUUGGCUUUUACCAAAAUUUUGUAAUGACUUCCAGUCAACAGAGUUACUCCUCUGCACUUCCCCAUGCAAAUGAGGUAACAUUGCUUUUAAUUUGAGCUCAUUGAAGAUGCACCAUGCUGAGGCAUUUGAUCCAGCUGCUCUUUAUCAAGCAUGUGAUUAGUUGUUUUCAAACAGCGGGGUGAAGAGCAAUCAGUGCUUUUUCUCCACUGCCCUGUGAUGCUGUGUUCUUGUGUUUACCGGUAGAGGCCUGUGCUGUGGCGUGUCAUGCUGACUCUGGUUCCUCUAUGCAGGCUAGUGCAGCCAGACAGAGUGGAGAGUGCUGGCACACAUAAAUUCCUUGUUUCCCUGCCUUUCAUCUGUGCACAUACAAAUACAAUAGCCCCCCCAAGCCAUCCCCUCAAAGCAAGCAGCUGCUGUGUCCAGGUCAAGAAGACCCAACCACAUGGGAGUAUUUAUGCAGUGCGUAGUUGGAGGUUGGGGGGGUGGACGAGCAAGCAUGCUGACCCACUUUUCCAAGCACACCGUUCUUAGAAACCUGACAGACCAAACAGUCUCCAAGCGCCCUGCAAGUUCAUGACUGCUGAUGAGAAUUAGGUUACUUUGGUUUGUGCAUUAUCGCAAAAAGCAGAACAGAGACGCCAAAACACCUUCAACAUUCAACAGGCAGACCUUUCUCACUGUUGAGCCUCUGCGAGAUUCCAGGAAAGCAGCAUUGUUAGUGAGGUGCAUGGAUAUGCCACAGAGGUGGGAAAUGGGAUUUCAGAUAUUCCAACAGGAUUAACCUCCCCUCUGUGCAAAGAGCGGGCAGACUGCUAGAUGUUGUGCUUGGCUGGCAUUCAUCAAGUAAGGCUACUUUUGGCAAGUCUCCCCCAGACUCGAUGCAAGUAUGCAAUAAUUUGCGCAGUGUCAGAUCAAUGGUGCUGAGAACCAGAAAGUUAUCUUGCCUUUAAAGUCCUUUGUAAUGAGUUCUCUGAUGUUUUGCCAACAAGUCAUGAGACUCAUUCCUGGCGGUACUAUGUUACUUCUCGGAUAUAGUGACGUUUUCUGAGUUGAAGCUAAGCCACAUGACGCAACAGCACCAACAAUCUCACAUCAAGUCAUAACUUUGAGAGCUUGAGUGGACAAAGUGGUCCAUGAUUAAACAGCAUUCCGUCUUUUUCUGGGGUCCACCAGUCAAGGAAUAGAAGUAUUUUCACUUCUCAUUUGACUUUUAAUGAAACUUUCUUUUUUUUUUUAUUGUUGUUGUUUUGUAGUAUCUAUUUGUGUUCUGUUUCUGUAAUGAAGGCAUUGUGUUCAUCCUGAUUAUCCUGUCUGUCCAUGUUGUUUUAACAGUUAUUGUGAAUUGAAUGUUUUCGAUCAAAGGAAAGAAUUUUUUUUCUGUAAAAGUUUUACAGAACCACUUAAGCACAAAGAUAAUCUAAAUGGAACAUUUAAAGAUUUAAAUAGUGGAUACACUUUCUGCCAUUUAACAUGAGCUUAGUAAUGCAGACUUUGGGCUUUUAUCAGAACUCGCAUUAAGACACUAUAUAUAAAGAAUAGAUUGAUUUAAACACUUUAUUGAACCAAACAACUCUUUCUUUGUUGUAUUUUAGCCUGUGAUUUUUCAACCUUCAAAUGUGAUAAACUAUUUAUGAAUGUCAGCUGCAGAAGAACAGUUAUGUCACAGAAGAAGAAUGUAUAAAAACCAAAGAGUAGCAUUCCAUCCGUUAUUUUGACCCUGUCAUCUGCACAGCUUCCACCUAUCUUGUAUGAUUAGAUAUAGCCAGAUUUUUUUGCACAAUAAUGGACGAUUGACAUUUCACGGACUUCCUAAUGUAUUCUAUCUAUUAUUGUUAACUGUUGCUUUGUCUUGAAUCAUAUUGGCCAUUUGAUAUUGACACCCUUUACAAUAAAUAUGUUUAAAAAAUAA